GUCAAAGCCCACAUUAACGCACACACAGGUGUGACAGUUAGAAAACUCCUCUCUCCCUCUCUUGCGCUCGCUCUCUCUCUCUCUCUCUCCCUCUCUGCCUGUCAACACGCAAGUGUGAGCGAGUUGCCAUUAUGCUAUCUGCGAGAUACUUUUGGGCACUACCACUUCAGUUGCCGAUAAAACGUCAAGCUGAUUCCACGCUCCACGCUGCGCCACAAAAACAACUUUCGGACGAGUCACACGCAUUCCACGACAAUACAUAAAUGUAAUUUUCUUCGCUAUUUCAUGCCGCAUAUAAUCAGCCGCAGCAGCAGAAAUAAGUCAAACAAAGCGAAAACAUUCCGCAACGGGAACGGGAUAAAACUCAGUUACUGCUACGCUUGAAGUUGUUCGUUCCAGUCUCUUCCAAAAUGUGCCGCUGUUGUCAAAACUGCUUGGAAGAUUUCUACUGGAACUGCUUUGAAGAACGGUUUUGUUAUGAUGAAUCAAUCGCCAACUAUAAUGCCGAAGACGAUGAGGAAUAUCUAUCGGCCCAGAAGAGUGGCACGAUUAUUGGCCGCGCUCAACAUGCUGGGCCGCCGGACAAUAACCAGCAUCUACUGACUGUGCCACACCCAAUUUGCAAUCAGCCGCUGGGUCGUGGCAACUCGGGCCUAAUGAGUGCCAAAAUACACGAAGAGGAUUAUCGCCGCGUGACGCAGACGAAUGUGCCCAUGCUUGGCCCAGAGAUACUGGCGGUGUUCGCCAACUCGCAGAUCUUCCAGGACCAUCAGCCAACCAAGCUGAACCGCAUCAGCACGAAGACCUACCUGGCGGGCAUCCACUCGCCCAAUAAGGAGGCACCCACCACGCCGCGUCUCAGCGAACAGGAGCGCCUGUUGCGACGUCUGGAAGGUAAUGAGGGGCACAGCCACGCCCAAACCGGAGCCGUACCGACGACAUCCGAGAAACGGAUUACCUUCACAUUGGCGUCCUCGGACUCAUCGCCGGAGGGCAGCCAGACGCUGACGCCGAAGAAGUUUGAGCCCAUUGCCGAAGAGGAAAAGGAGGAUGACAAGGAUAUGCUGGACGAGGUGAUAUUGCGACCGCGUCUCAUCGAUCGCCAUCCGCAUCUGCUGCCAAACGUGGCCGGGCUGGCGGCGACGCCCAAGCGCAUUCUGCGCUCCGCCAAGAGUGUGCCGCACAUGAGUGUUGCGGCCAGCGAGACGGACAUAUUCGCCAUAACGGGCACGGGCAGCCAGAUCAGCAUGACCCCGGAGGUGCCGUCCAUAUCGUUCAGCAACUUGCCGAAGAACUACGAGGACACGCCGACCAUUGAGAAGUAUCGCGUCUCGCAAAGCCUCUACUCCAUACAGAACGCGAAUGCGGCGCGUGCCUCACAGGAUGACUACUCGAUGCCUCGCUAUUUCCGGCGCUCCAAUAUGCUGUUGACUCAGAGCACCGAAAUACUGCCCGGCUCCAUAUCGCUGGCCUCCAUAUCAACGUCCGCGACCUCCACCUCCUCGUCCAAGGACGAGCUGCGUCGUCCCGAGCAGGUCAAGAGCAAGCGCCUCCAAAUGCUGCGCGGCAACCUGCCUCCGCUUCUCAUCCACUCGGUUUCCUUCAAGCGCAAUCGAGAUGAGGCCAAGCAAGUUGAUUAGCUCUCUCUACACCCGUUAUUAUUACUUAAUCAUUUUAUUGUUUAAACAUUGUUGUUCAAUUUAUGUUGUCUUAAAUCAAAUGUGCCUUGCUAUACUCGUAUUUGUCCAUGCUGGCGACUAAAAACA